AAUGGAAGGGAAUCAGGCUGAAGAUAUUGUCGAAGUAUUACCCGGGGGCGAUCGAUAUGCAGCUCCAGCAACUCGAUCAGAGAAAUAUAGAAUCAUACUAGAAAGGAUAUUCGAUCAUUUAGCUUUCAGAGUGGCAAUAAUUAUCCUCAUUCUCAUAGAUUUUAUUGUCAUCAUAAUUGAUUUGACAAAAAAUUCAUUACAUCUUCAUCCUGCCGAUAUUAUAUCUAUGGUAAUAUCUUCAAUAUUUGUGAUUGAGUUAAUUCUUAGAAUCUAUAUAAAAAGCAUAUUAGUUGUUUCGUAUACUAAUGUUGUUUCUUACUUUAGGAUUGUUAUGAUCCUUCGAGUUGUUAGAGGCCUUAGGAUUUUGUCAAUUAUAAGAUUCUAUAUAGAAAAGAGGGAAACGGUCAAUUCGGCAAGACUUGCUGUGUCUCAAAAUAAGAGGCGUUUUGUGGAGGAUGAGAGGUUAAUAGCAAUGUCUUUUCCGUCAACUGGUGUUACUGCUUUGUAUAGGAAUGAUAUUGAGGAUGUUUCAAAAUUCUUUAAGCAAAAGCACGAUGGGCAUUUUAAGAUAUACAAUCUAUGCAGCGAAAAGGGUUACGAUGAAUCGAAAUUCGAUAAUAGAGUAGAACGUAUUUUUAUAGAUGACCAUAACGUUCCAAAAUUAGCCGAGGCUGUUAAAUUUGUGAAAGACGUUGACGACUGGAUGAAAGCUGAUGAAGAAAACGUAUUAGCUGUGCACUGUCGAGGAGGCAAAGGUCGAACUGGUACAAUGGUUUGUAUAUGGUUGAUAGCCAGUGGAGAGUAUGACGAUGCCGAAGAAGCUCUAAACUGGUUUGGUGAGAGAAGAACAGAUAGAACUGUUGGCUCAAAAUUUCAAGGAGUAGAAACCCCAUCCCAAUCACGUUAUGUUGGAUACUAUGCUACCAUGAAAAAAUUAUUUAAUUCCCAAUUACCAAAUCAUAAACAAUUAAUACUUGAUAAGAUAAUUAUAAAGAAUAUAUAUACUUUUGGUCAAAUGGACGGUACUGACCUUUCGGGAAAGAUUUAUACGAAUAAUUAUAUAUUUGAAUUUAAUCCAUCGGUGGAGAGUAAUUGUAAAAGUCGGCUAUCGGAAGAUAGGAAAGAUUAUUGCAUUGAAAUAGGCGAAGAUUGUCCUAUUUUAGAGGACGAUGUAAAAUUUAUGUUUUUUUCUUCCAGUGAAAAAGUCCCGAAAGGUUACGAUGAUUGUGCUUUUUAUUUUUGGUUGAAUACCUCGUUUGUUGACGAGACAAGCGUAACGACUUUGAAUAAAGACGUGCUGGAUAAUCCUCAUAAAGAUAUUAAACACAAAGUAUUCGGUUCUGACUUUGCUGUUCAAAUAUGCUUUAAACGGCGACCGAAAACAGAACAAAGCUUCAUUCAUUCAGCAAAUAAAGAACCAACUGCAGAAGAUCAUAUACAAAUAACACAAGAAAUUUAG